AUGGCAGAUGACUGGCAGGACCAUGCGCUUUCGACGCGCCACAUGCACAACCGCAACUCGCGGCGCGACUCCAAGGACAAGAAGAAGACGGCCAACUUUGACGUCCGCAAGACCUUUGGCGACUAUGAAGUGAAAUGUACCGCAUAUGAUAGGGUCCUGAAGGGCUCCCUCGAGGGUGACGAUCAGGACGACCUCGACGAACCGCAGCUGGAGUUACUCCGCCUGACGGACGACGGGCAGGGAAUCCUAGGCCUGCUCAAGCUUCCGGGCGUCGUUGCCGCCACCGUCGUGCUCGCCGCCAGCAGGAAGCGGCUGCAGAUCAUCACCGACCGGCUAUCUGGCGACGUAGACGGGGAUCAAGACGAUGAUGAGGAUGAGGAUGCCAACAGUGACGACCACGAUGAAGAUGAUGACGACGACGAUGACGCCUCGCCGGAUCGAUUCGACACCUUCGAGAAGAACUCGUUUCGCUCUCCCAAGUUCUGGCUCGCGUGGAAUGGCGUGGUGGACCCCAAGGCGAAGGAGAACGCACCUCCGUCCUCCCCGGUCGCGACGAGGAAAUUAUCCAAUGCGUUUUCGUUCAAGUCGAAUGCAUACCAGGAGGGCCUCGGCUAUGUCGUCUUCACAACAAACGACUGUCGCAAAUUCAAGGGCACCCUGAGCUGUAAGGAGCUCGGUUGGAAGGAUGUGAGCCUGAACGGGUUCAAGAGCACCGGCAAAAGUGAAAGCGAUAGGCCGGUCGUCUGGGCGGGGAAGGAUGUGGAUGUUGAUGCUGGGGCCAGGGGUAAAGGCGGGGUGCAGAUGCCUGGCCCAGAGGGUCGGGUCGAUCCAACAACCAGGCGGGUGAUAUUUGAUUAA